CCGGGAUUUAGGAAGGAAAGACAUUUGUCGGGAUUGUUGUCUCUUCUAGGAAACUCGGGUUUGGUCAGACGGUUUACAGAUGUGGAAGGCUUGGGAUUAAGAUUUCACCGGGAAUUGUGGGGGCUCAUGGAUUUGCAUGGGCUAAGAAAUUCCUGUCUUCGUGGUCCUGGUGAUGUGAAGCUUCUUCUCUAAUUCAGUAGAUGUUUCUGGCUUUCUUUGAUUGGUGGGGCCAAGGUGGGAACUGGUGUUAGGGUUUCCGAGGGGAACAGCUCGGUGUUGGAAGUGCAGGAUUCACGGCAGGCUUGAGGCGAAGUCGGGAGGUGGGAGUUUAUAUCCGGAGAGAAAGGGCGGUUUUUGAAGAAUCGGAGCAAUUUUGCGUAUCGUUUCCAAUUGAUUUUUAGUAUAGUCUUGGUCAUCUAUUUCCUCUUUCCUUUUUUUUUUUCUUUUUGAUGGAACUUCAGACAUGGUGUGGGCCUUCUGGUAUCUUUUCUAGACAUCUUUGAAGGCAGUUUAGGACUUCAAUUACCAAACUUGGUCCAGCUUUUGAUGCCAUCCUUUUUUUGAUGGAGAGCUUUUGAUGCAGGCCACCUCAGGGAAGUGCUGCUAAUUUUUCAUCCGCCUUCAGUAGUGAGGUUUUGUGUUAUAGUAGAGUUCUUGGAGCUGGUCAUGGAAAUCUGAGAUUCAUAUGAUUCAUGGACAGCCCAUCCAAGACCGUUGUUUGGUUUAGGAGGGACUUGAGGAUUGAGGACAACCCAGCCUUAGCAGCAGCCUCCAAGGACGCAUGCGUGCUCCCUGUUUUCAUAUGGUGUCCAGGUGAAGAAGGGCAAUUUUAUCCCGGUCGAGUGUCUCGAUGGUGGCUGAAGCAGUCGCUUGCCCACCUCGAUCGGUCCUUGAGGUCUCUUGGAGCCCCCCUGGUGUUGAUCAGAGCAGAGAGCACUCUCGCAUCUCUUUUGCAGUGCAUUGGUGCAAUUGGGGCCACUAGAGUGGUUUAUAACCAUCUAUAUGAUCCUGUUUCACUUAUUCGGGAUCAUAAAAUAAAAAAUGAGCUGGCGGAUCUUGGAAUCUCUGUGCAAAGUUUUAAUGGUGAUCUGUUGUACGAACCAUGGGAAGUGUAUGACGAGAACGGCCUUGCUUUUACAGCUUUCAAUGCAUAUUGGGACAAAUGCAUGAGCUUGCCAAUUGAACCAACUUUGCCUCUUCCUCCUUGGAGGUUGGUGCCACCCGCAGGGACAGAAAAUGUUCAAAGUUGUUCACCUGAGGAGCUAGGCCUCGAAAAUGAUGCAGAGAAAUCAAGUAACGCAUUGCUGAGCAGGGGAUGGUCCCCAGGUUGGGCCAAUGCAGACAAAAUGCUAGCUGAAUUUGUUAAUGGGCAUCUAAGGGAAUAUUCAAGAAACAGAAUGAAGGUGGAGGGCAACACUACUUCAUUGUUGUCACCUUAUCUCCAUUUUGGCGAACUUAGUGUGAGGCAAAUCUACCAAGCUGUAAGAAUGAAGCAGAUACAGUGGGCAAAAGAAGAGAAUUCUGAUGCAGAAGAGAGUAUCAACCUCUUUCUAAGGUCAAUUGGUCUUAGAGAAUAUUCACGUUAUCUUUGUUUCAAUUUUCCAUUCACAUAUGAGCGGUCGUUGUUGGGAAACUUGAAACACUACCCCUGGCGUGCUGAUGAGGAUCAGUUUAAGUCUUGGAGGCAGGGUAGAACAGGGUACCCAUUAGUGGAUGCAGGUAUGAGAGAACUUUGGGCAACUGGUUGGAUGCACAACCGAACUAGAGUCAUUGUUGCAAGUUUUUUUGUGAAGUUUCUUCUACUUCCAUGGACGUGGGGGAUGAAAUACUUCUGGGACACAUUGUUGGAUGCCGACUUAGAAAAUGACAUCCUUGGUUGGCAGUAUAUAUCAGGUAGCUUACCUGAUGGUCAUGAGCUCAACCGUCUUGACAAUCCAGAGGAUCAAGGUCGCAAAUUUGAUCCUGAUGGAGAAUAUGUUAGAAAUUGGAUUCCUGAACUUGCAAGAAUGCCAACUGAAUGGAUCCAUCGUCCAUGGGAUGCUCCAAGAUCUGUACUAAAGGCUGCUGGAAUUGAGCUGGGUUUAAAUUACCCGAAACCCAUCAUAGAACUUAAUACAGCUCGGGAGCGCCUGGAUGAUGCUGUCACCAUGAUGUGGGAGCUGGACAGAGCUGCAAGAGUUGCAACAUUAAGUGGUUCGCAUGAAGUUGUGGCUGACAAUCUGAUUGGUAUGAAUAACUUGGACAUUCCAAAGGCUGUUGUGAAGAAGGAGGUAUCUUGCACAAGUUCAUCUCUUGAUCAAAGAGUUCCCUCUGUUCAUAAUCUUAAGGGCAGUUCAUGCAACAAGGGACUGAAAAACCUAAACAGUGAGAGAUCUAAACAAGUUGACAUAAAUAAUCGCGUUGCCAAGAUGGAGACAUCAAAAAAGGACAAAGACCUGUGUUCUACAGCAGAAUCAUCAGCUGCUAGGAAAAGAAGCAUCAGUGGGAGUAUGUGUGCUGUUCCAGAUUCAUGUUUUUCUUUGUCAGAAGUAAACACUCUGGAUGAUAGUGGUUCUUUCAAGCCACAUAAUUCAAGUGGAUCGCCUUCCAUGCAUCCAUGGAAAGAAGAAGAUGGCAUCAGAGGAGAAAAGGAGGGAGAUGAUGUUGAUGCUCAGAGUAGCAUUGAGGGCUUGAGACCAUGCAAGAGACCUUCAUAACUUCAGACAAAUGAAAAAGUUCACUUCAUCUUGUGUUCAUUGGUAUCAUGCUUAUGUUUUACUUAUAUUAUGUUAACAUGAAUAAAAUAUGCUUUGUACUCUAUAAAUUCUCAUGUAUAAACAGUUUUGUAUUUUAUGGAUUCUAUCUUCACGGAAAUUAACAACUAAAAUAUUCGAGCGAUA